CCUCUCUGACCUCGUGCCAAAAUCCCGCAGCUGCUCGAACGAGAAAAAAAAGAAAAUCCAAAAAAAUAAAAAUAAAAAUCCCAACAAAUUCCCCCCCCUCUCUCUCAUCACUGCUCUCCUUCUCAUGUCCCCAGCUUCCCCUUCUCUCCCUUCAUCAGAUUCUCGCCUCAAAUGGCGGAAGCGCAAGCGGGAUCCAAGCAACCUCAAGCGCCAGGACGAAGACGACGACGAGGACGACGACGACGAGCCCGAGGAUGACGACGACAACAACCACCACAACCAAGAUUCGCCUGCUAACAAUCUCAAUGGCGAUCCAAUCCUCGAUGUGCGCGAAUCCGAGGUCUUGUCGGAUCUCGGCCAGCGGAUCUCGGAUUUCCCGGUUGCGAUCAAGAGAUCCGUUAACAGGCCGCACCCGUCAGUGAUCGCUUUGGUUGCCGCUGAGAGGUUUUCGACGGUGAGAGCGCUGCCGAUGCUUGAGAACAUCUCGCACGGGCAGUUGCAGGCGCUGUCGAGCGUUCCGCGGGAUAAUCUGGUGUUGAAUCUGGCGGCGGAGCAGGAUAAGGCGUCGGCUUAUGUUUGCACUCCGCCGGUUUUGAUGGAGGGGAGGGGUGUUGAGAAGAGAUUUGUUGAUGGGUCGAUUCAUAUUGUUCCUAUGCACUCAGAUUGGUUCUCUCCCACCACAGUUCAUCGGUUGGAGCGGCAAGUUGUCCCCCACUAUUUCUCUGGGAAGUCUUCUGAUCAUACGCCAGAGAAGUAUAUGGCACUCAGAAAUAAGAUAGUUUCUAAAUACUUGGAGAAUCCAGGGAAGAGGCUGGCUUUUGGUGAUUGCCAGGGGCUAGUUUCCAGUAGUGAGCUCUAUGAUUUAAGUCGUAUAGUGCGGUUCCUUGAUAACUGGGGAAUUAUUAAUUAUGUCUCUGCUUCGAGCAGAGGAUUUAGAAUGGCUGGGUCUCUGAUGUCUGGAUCUCUGAUUAAGGAGGAUGUUAAUGGGGAGCUAAAUGUUCAUACUUCUCACCUUCGAUCGAUUGAUAGUCUGAUAUUAUUUGAUAAGCCAAAAUGUAGUCUUAGACUGGAGGAUAUCAGUGCGUUGUGUGCAACUGCUGAUGGAGCAAAACAUUCCGAUGGUGGGCUUCUGGACUUGGAUACAAGGAUUCGGGAGCGCUUCUCAGAGCAUGCUUGUAGCUAUUGUUCUCGCCCUUUGCCUCAUUUGCAUUACCAGUCUCAGAAGGAGGCUGACACAAUCCUUUGCUCCGAAUGCUUUCAUGAUGCAAAACAUAUUGUUGGUCACUCGAGCAUAGAUUUUGUUAGAGUGGAUUCAAGGAAAGAGACAUUCGAUCCUGAUGGAGAUAACUGGACCGAUCAAGAAACUUUGCUGCUGCUUGAGGCAUUGGAGAAAUAUAAGGAUAACUGGAAUGAGAUUGCAGAGUAUGUAGGCACCAAGUCAAAAGCACAGUGCAUUCUUCAUUUUCUUCGGCUUCCCAUGGAGGAUGGGUUACUAGAAAGUAUUGAAGUCAUGCCAACUAAUGGCCAAUCUGAUCCAAAGGGACAUGCUCAUGUUUUCUCAGAUCCAAAUGCAAAUGGUGAUAUGGCAGGAGUUUGUACUCAAGAAGCAAAUAGUGGAAAUGAGAUUCCAUUUGCUAAUGCUGCAAAUCCUGUUAUGUCACUCGUUGCAUUUCUGACCUCUGCAAUAGGACCAAGAGUUGCUGCAGCAUGUGCAAGUGCAUCGCUAGCAGUCUUGACUAGCGACAAUCCCAGGUCGAGUACUGAUAAGAUGAAUGGUGAAGCUAGUCCACAUGGACCAAAUGCAAACUUUGGUCAUCAAAAAAAUAUGGGAGAUCAAAAUCCACAUGCUAAAAUUGCUACUUCUGCACUUUCUCCUGAUCGUGUGAAGUUGGCUUGCAUGUCUGGCCUAUCUGCUGCAGCAAUGAAGGCGAAGUUGUUUGCGGAUCAGGAAGAACGUGAAGUUCAAAGAUUGGCUGCUACCAUUAUAAAUCACCAGCUAAAGAGGCUAGAGCUGAAGCUGAAGCAAUUUGCCGAAGUAGAAACCUUACUAAUGAAGGAAUGUGAACAAGUAGAGAAAACAAGACAAAGACUUUCAACUGAACGGGUCAGAAUGAUGUCAACGCGGUUCACUGCACCAGGAACCACUCUACCAACCGCAGCAGGGCCAUCGGCAGCAGGAGCAGCAAUGGCGAUGAACACAACAAACACGAGCACACGUGCACCAACUAUGCCAACCUCAGCUGGACAACCAAACAUAUCACCUGCAGCAUUCGGUAACAGCAUUCCUCAAAAUAGCCAUCCUCAUAUGCAAUUCAUGCAGAGACAGCAAAUGUACGGUUUUGGCCCUCGCUUGCCUCUGUCAGCGAUUAACCCGUCCUCUUCUGGACCCUCUCAGAGUAUGAUUUUUAAUUCUGGCUUAACGAAUGCCUCUACUUCGAAUCAUCAUCCGUUGUUGAGAUCCUCAUCCGGAAACAAUUCUAAUACAGGUUAACAAUUGAGAGAACUUGGAUGGCGGAAUACUGUGUUCAGUGUUGUACUCUUGUAGCGUUCUGUAGUUUAUUUUUACCAAUUUUAGUGUAAUUUGUAAAUUAUAUAAACUCGGUUGGUAUUAUUUUCAUUCAGAAAUAUGUGGAGGUCUUCAAGGUUGAAGAAAGUGAUAUUGGCAGCCGAAGGGAAUAGCAGUUAGAUGGUCUGAGUGUAGAAUUGAAGAAUAACUGGAGGGAUGUAUAAGUUGUACUCGUUAGAAGUAUUUCGUCUUAAUUUUACUGAUAGAAAGAUCAUCCCAUUUCAGAUCAA